GAAUUCAGCAAAGAGCGCUCAAUGAAGCUGCUAUUGUGGCGACCUGGGAAGGGCUGCGCGGUUCAAACUGUCAGAGGCUCUCCGUUAACAUGUACCGGCUGCCCUCCACCGCUAAGGCUAACUUCAGACUAGAAGUGCUGGCGUGCUGCGAGCUGGCUGCUUGUUAAAUAACCGGUCUGAAAUAAGUUAACUUUUAGCUUAUCGUUCAAUAAGCACAUCAUUAGCUAUUUAGCUCGAUGAAGCUAACUUCGGCGACCGCUAGCUAACGCAGCCCGUUUGUUAACGUUAUACUUGUGAGCCAGUUAUCAGCACAGAGCACUGAUUCAUUAUCCACUGACAGCCGUACUAACGUUACUACAUGUGUGUCUGCAAGGGUAACACAUCUGUAACACCAACUUUAGCACACAAGUUGAUGGUAGCUUGUUCGGUCUAACGCCUGUGUGUUGUUGCCGGAUGGAGCCAUUCAUUCCGCCGACCAGAGCGGGGGUAUGUCGGUGGUUAUCCGCCCCGGUGUUGAUCAUUUUGGGGAACUUUUGAACCUGCUAGCGCUCACCUUAUCUGUCACGCUGCUGCCAUUAGCUGUGGUGCUAAUGUCCGAGGGGUUAAACCCUACACCCAUCCCACCUAAAGGGACAGACCUGCUGCAGAGGUGGGGUCGAGGAUUUGGACUCUUGGGCUCAAUUUUUGGAAAUGACAGUGCACUGAACCAACCCAACAGUGUCUACGGGAUUGUCUUUUAUGCCUUCCAGCUUCUACUAGGAAUGACUGUCAGUGCAAUGGCUGCCCUAAUUCUCAUGACGACAUCCAUCUUGUCGGUGGUGGGUUCGCUCUACCUGGGCUACAUCCUCUACUUUGUCCUAAAGGACUUCUGCAUCAUCUGCAUCACCACAUAUGCGCUGAACUUCAUUCUCUUUAUUCUCAACUACAAGCGACUGGUUUACUUGAAUGAGGCCUGGAAGCAGCAGCUUCAGGCCAAGCAGGACUAAGCUGUCGAAAACGGCAAGAAAAUACGAUACACAAACAAACGACAACAAAAAAAAAAAGAAAUGUGACCUCUGAACAUUUGACUUGCCACCAGGAGACCUUGCUUCCAAACAAUGUUUAUUCUGCUGUGUGUUCAAAAAAAUGAAGAAAUUUAACUUAACUGUUGGGCCUGACAUCUCAAUGUUGCAAACACAGAAGGAUUUGUAAGUGAAAGAUGAUUUUCUUUUAAUUUCUUUUUCCUUGUUUAACAUUGUACUCACUUAAGGAAGGGGCUGGCUGUGUGUGUG